CUGUGGAGCUGCUUUUUGUCUUCCCCUUCUGCUUGCUGGGAGCCUGUGGGACCCACGAUCUCAAAGGAAGCCAGGCAGGGGAUCCUGCACCUGCUCCCAGACUUGGGUCAGGGAAGUGGCCUCUGCAUGCUGGGCCCAGAGGCGAACCCCAGGCUGUGGUGAGGGUCCCGGAGCUGGCACCACGGAGCCUGGGCAAUCUCCUCCACCCACCCAUGCCCACCCCGCAUGAGGCUGAGAAGCAGCACACAGGGCCAGAGGAGGCGGACCAGCCCCCUUCGAUGUCCAGCCAUGGUGCAGCCCCUGCGGCGGCCCCUGGCCGCAGUCCUUGCUGCCUUUGCUGGUGCUGCUGCUGCAGCUGCUCCUGGAACCAGGAGCGGCAGCGAGCGUGGCAGGCCUCCCGGGAGAGCAAGCUGCAGCCCCUCCCCAGCUGUGAGGCAUGCGCCGCACCGAGCCCUGAGGAGGUGCAGAGCUGGGCUCAGUCCUUCGACAAGCUGAUGCACAGCCCAGCAGGCCGCAGUGUGUUCCGGGCAUUCCUGCGCACGGAGUACAGCGAGGAGAACAUGCUCUUCUGGCUGGCCUGUGAGGAGCUGAAGGCCGAGGCCAGCCAGCACGUGGUGGAUGAGAAGGCGCGGCUCAUCUAUGAGGAUUACGUGUCCAUCCUGUCCCCCAAGGAGGUGAGCCUGGACUCCCGUGUGCGGGAGGGCAUCAAUAAGAAGAUGCAGGAGCCGUCUGCGCACACGUUCGACGAUGCCCAGCUGCAGAUCUACACGCUCAUGCACCGGGACUCCUACCCCCGCUUCCUCAGCUCCCCCACCUACCGCUCCCUGCUGCUCCAGGGGGCCUCGCAGUCCUCCGAGGCAUAGGCCAGGCCUGCAGCACAGACACUCAACCCCCCAUGGGCAGGCUCUGGGUCACCUCCAGGUGUGUGUGUCAGUGCACCUUCAGGCACACGCCUGCAGGCCCCCACCCCUGGACCACGUGGGAAGUGCUGUGUCCCCUGGUUCUUCCCUCACAUGGCCCGGUGGGAACUCCAGGUGCAGGACGGCCAGAAGGAAGCCUCUCACCUGGCCGGCCCAGUGCUCCAGUGCUGCAGAGGGGACUCCUGCACAGAAAGAGAAGGCCCUCCCAGGAGGCUCUGCAACUGUGUGCCUUGCAGGCCUCUUCGGCGGUCAGCCGGUGCCCGAGGAGACCGUCCUACCUGAGCUGACGGCACCCCAGAGUCAGACCCAGAGCCUCAGAACCAGAUAUGGGACCUCAGAGCCAGGCUCAAGAUGACAAGACCCAAUCUCUGUUUUAUAAGUUCAUGAACUUUAAACCUGGAAACAUGUCUUUACUGUAUUUUAUCCAAAAAAAGGAAAAAAAGUUUUCAUAUUUA